GACAAAGUGAACUUAGAGAAGUAUAGCUGAACAGGGCAGUCGAUACUUUGUUCAUUGCAAAUUUGCCAAAACUCACAAAUUGCCUCAUUUCACUCGGGAACAAGUUUCUUGCUGUAACUAUGUUCACAGACAACGUGUUACUGAAUGUCUUCUUUCUAGCAGGUGCUUUGGCUGUUUGUCCUGAUUCAGACCUCUUCAUUACUGUGCCGUGGAAAAUUGAAGCGCUGAGUGGAUCUUGUUUGCAAAUCCCGUGUAACUUUAGUGCUGCACUGGACACUGCACAAACAUUUGAUGGCAGCAGAACAACCUUUGGAGUGUGGAUUAAAGAGGACUCUAGAUUUGCACCCUAUCCAAGAAAUGUGAUUUUCAACAGUAGUAAGACAGUUAACACCUAUCCAAUGAACAUUACUGGAAACCUGAGUCAGAAAAACUGCACCACUCUGUUUUCCAGUUUAAAGACAACAUAUACAGACAAAUACUUCUUCAGAAUUGAGAACAGACCAUUCAUAGCAACAGCUCCUUGUAGUCCUAUUCAAAUAACAGUCAAAGAUUCUCCUUGGAGCCCCAGAAUUGAAAUCUCAGGUGAGCUGAAGGAGAAGGAGUCUGUCACUAUAACCUGCUCAGCUUUCACUCCCUGUCCACACUCCCCUCCUAAACUCACCUGGAAUCUCCAACAAGAUGCUCACAACAAAAUAGAGGAAAACGCAGAUCGAACCUUUACGACUAAAAUCCAGACGACCAUCAUUCCUUCUGACAAGGACGAUGGAUACAACAUCACCUGUUCUUCCAGCUACUCUGUGAAUGAAGGACAAAAUGCUAAGUCAGCAGAGGGAAAAGUGACUCUCAGUGUUUCAUAUGCUCCCAAAGACACCUCAGUGAGGAUCAGUCCAUCAGGUUCGGUGUCACCAGGUAGCUGGGUGAACCUGACCUGCUCCAGCAGAGCCAAACCUGCUGCCAACUUCACCUGGUUCAAGAUCAGCGAAGAUGGACCCAUGAAAGUAUCUGAAGGAGACUUUUACAGCUUCAAUGUGACAAAUGGAGGAGUUUAUCACUGUGUGGCCACAAAUGAUCUUGGUAAUCAGAUGUCAGAGAUCCAUCUGACUAUUAAAGAAGGACAACAGCUGUAUAGCUCUACACAAUGGGAGCCAGUUGUUGGAGGGAUCAUUGGAGUGAUCGUACUCAUCAGUGUGGUUGCUGUCGUUUGGUGGUUCAAGUCAACACGUCCAACUUCACAACAGACACAGAGCCUAACAGGGGAAGGGCCACCUUUUCAAGAACCAAUCAGAGCAACAGAAGAAGUCAUCAGUUAUGGAGAAAUCGACUUCUCCAAGCGGAGACUUGAACCUUCCUGUUCCUCAGUGCAGCACAGCGGACAGCAGCAGGAUACAGUGUAUGCACAGGUCAAAGUAUCCAAGCCAAUAAACUCAACACAGACUGAUGACAUCUAUGCUGAAGUGAGGAAAAAAUAAGUGUA